UAUUAUAUAAAUACCAUUGCGCAUUGCAAAUCCUUCACACAGACUAUUGAGACAGCAGUUUGUGUAUAUCGUUCAGUGGCAAAUACUGAAGAAAAUACCCAGGAUGUUCACUGUAGUACUAGUGUUGGUGUGUACACUCUUUGUCCUAUCAGCGACAGAGCGGUGUAGAUAUCGAGUAUACGCACUGACAGGAAACGUACCCGACGCCGAGUCAAAAAGCAUUAUGAAAAUUCGAUUUCACACUGCAUGUGCAAUUUCACCAUGGUACAUCAUUAAGGAUUCUGUUCACGGCCAUUACAAAAAUAAUCAAAAUUGGAACAAAUAUUUUCUGCCAGUUAUGGAUAGUCCCUUGAUGGGCAUCACAGUCAGUAACACAGGUGAAGACGCAUGGAUGAUUGAAAAUAUACAUGUGAAAAAUCUGUGUACGAAGCAAGUGUUUGAGAUGAACUGUGACCCUAACAUGUGUCUGGUAGACAGACCUUAUGCAUCCCAAAUAUUCUUACUAGCAUCCCAGUAUGCAACGCGAUACAAUAGCCCCGGGGCCCAAGAGGACCUUGCCAAGAUAGAUACUAUAUCUAGU